CACGUGACCAGAAACGUCAAAAGCGAAAUGGCAGCCUCUUGUGUCGUAAAUUAACCUCAGGUCCAGGCUUGAGCGGAGAGGAUUUUUUUCUUCUUCUCUUUCAUUCGCAUAGUCAAAUUCUGAAAGCGAAAUUCGGGGGCAAAACCAUGUCUCCAAAGAUCACAGGAGAUCUGCUGCGACAGCUUCGCCUGGCAAUGAAGAGUUGUAAAUAUUACUCUGAGCCUAUUCAGGCAUACGUUGUUCCCUCUGGAGAUGCACACCAGAGUGAAUACAUUGCACCUUGUGACUGCAGACGUGAAUUUAUCUCUGGAUUUAAUGGAUCUGCUGGUACUGCUAUUAUUACAGAUCAGCAUGCUGCAAUGUGGACCGAUGGGAGAUAUUUCCUGCAAGCAAGCAAUCAGAUGGAUAACAACUGGACUCUUAUGAAGAUGGGACUGAAGGAGACGCCCUCACAGGAGGAUUGGCUGAUUAGCGUCCUGCCAGAAAAUUCCAAAGUGGGAGUAGAUCCUUGGAUCAUUGCAGCUGACCAGUGGAAGAACAUGUCCAAGGCGCUGAACAAUGCAGGCCAUUCCCUAGUUGAUUUGCAGGAAAACCUGAUUGAUGCUGUGUGGACCGACCGACCGCAAAGGCCAAGUACAAAGCUCCGUGUUUUGGGAUUAGAGUACACCGGUAUGUCCUGGCAAGACAAGAUUAAAGCCCUGCGAUCCAAGAUGACGGAGAGGAAAAUAAUGUGGUUUGUUGCCACGGCGUUGGAUGAGAUUGCAUGGCUGUUCAACCUCCGUGGUGCGGACAUCGAGUAUAACCCAGUGUUCUUUGCAUAUGGCAUUGUGGGGAUGAACUCAAUACGGCUGUUUAUAGACCUAAACCGUCUCACUGAUCCUUCACUGAGAGAUCAUCUGCAACUAGAUUGUCUGAACAAGCCGGAUAUGAGCAUUCAGACAUUCCCCUACGAGUCGAUCUACACUGAACUACAGGCCAUCUGCGCUGCACUCGGCCCCAAGGAUAAAGUGUGGAUCUGUGACAAAGCCAGUUGUGCACUCACACAGGUCAUCCCCAAGGCCCACAGGACUGUAAUCCCUUACACUCCUCUCUGCCUUGCUAAGGCUGUCAAAAACUCAACUGAGAUUGAAGGCAUGAAGAUGGCCCAUAUCAAGGAUGCAGUUGCUCUCUGUGAACUCUUUGCUUGGUUGGAAAAAGAGAUUCCAAAAGGCACAGUGACUGAAAUCUCUGCUGCUGAUAAAGCUGAAGAAUUACGCAGUCAACAGAAAGAUUUUGUCGGUCUCAGUUUCCCCACAAUCUCCAGUGUCGGUCCAAAUGGAGCCAUCAUACAUUACAGGCCACUGCCUGAAACCAACAGAACCAUUACGAUGAGUGAAGUUUACCUUAUUGACUCUGGAGCUCAGUACAUUGAUGGAACCACAGAUGUCACGCGUACCAUGCAUUUUGGAACACCGUCUGCUUUUGAGAAGGAAUGCUUUACUUAUGUGCUGAAGGGACAUAUAGCCGUCAGUGCUGCUGUUUUUCCCAAUGGAACCAAAGGCCACCUGUUGGAUUCGUUUGCUCGUGCAGCCCUGUGGGAGUCGGGGCUUGACUAUCUCCAUGGUACAGGACACGGUGUGGGUUGCUUUCUCAAUGUCCAUGAGGGACCCUGUGGCAUCAGCUACAAGACCUUUGCGGAUGAGCCUCUGGAGGCUGGCAUGAUAGUCAGUGAUGAACCGGGGUAUUACGAAGAAGGAUCUUUUGGCAUUCGUGUGGAAAAUGUGGUGCUUGUGGUACCAACUAAGCCAACAUACAACUACAGAAACCGAGGUAGUCUGACAUUUGACCCUCUCACUUUGGUUCCUGUUCAAGUCAAAAUGAUCAACACGGAAAUGCUUACUGAGAAGGAGAGGGGCUGGCUGAAUGAGUACCACAGAAAAUGCAGAGAGGUAGUUGGAAAGGAGCUGGAAAACCAGGGCAGGAAGGAAGCGUUGGAAUGGUUAAUGAAGGAGACGGAGCCCAUUGUCUGAACAACGAGACAGUCAUUUCUCCCUGGAGUACAAGCUGAUAAUUCUGCAUUGAUAAUCAUUUGUAUUUUCUCUUAGUUAUCUCUCACUCUACUCUUUUUGUAACAAUGUACAACACCAGCUGUUAGAAAAAUGAUCAUU